AAAAAGGUCUCGCGCAUUGCAAACGCUACUCGCAAUCGGCGUUUCGGGAGCCAUGUUAGGCUGAAGUCGCAGCCCUUUAUUUUUGUGCGUUCACACUCCGGGAGUGUCCGUCUAUGCCGACAUCCCGAAGCUCGACUGACCUCCGCUGCACCGCUCCGCUCGGCCGAGGCGCCGAAGACGCCGCCGACACAUCGUCUACUCCUCGGCCCAUGGCCAAGGACACCAUUUACCUGUGUAACUUUAGGGUGUCUGUGGAUGGGGAGUGGCUGUGCCUCAAGGAACUGGCAGACGUCCAAUUUGAUUCUCAGAAGUCACUCUCUGUUACUCCCUAUGCAUUUGAUGAUCGAGACCCCGUGGCCAUUGAGCGUUCCAACCUGCUCAACCUGACCAAGCUGGUUGUGAAGGAGCUCAUCGAAUCCUCGCUCAAGUUUGGCCGUAUGCUCGACUCGGACCACGCGCCGCUCCAGCAUUUCUUCAUUCUCCUCGAGCAUGUCUUGAGGCACGGCCUGAAACCAAAGAAGGGGAUUCUUGGACCAAAAAAGGAGCUCUGGAACGUACUAGAGGCCAUAGAAAAGUUUGUCCCGGAGGCUGCUGACAUCACCGCCAGUGUGCGGGACUUGCCCACUGUAAAGAGCCAACUCGGUCGAGCCCGAGCAUGGUUGAGGCUUGCGCUGAUGCAGAAAAAACUGGCAGACUAUUUUCGCCUUGUGGUUGACAGAAAAGAUGAGCUCCUCAGGGACUACUAUGAGGAUGAUGCUCUGAUUCUGUCUGAAGAAGCCAUUGUCAUAGGAGGCCUCUUGGUCGGUCUGAAUGUGAUUGAUUGCAAUCUCUGUGUCAAGGAGGAAGAUUUGGAUUCACAGCAAGGUGUUAUAGACUUUGGACUUUACCUGAGGGAGAACUCCCAUUCAGAUCUGCCUGAGGGUGUGGAGCCUGCAAGCAUGACAGCUGUUCUUGACCAAAAGAAUUACAUUGAAGAACUCAAUCGGCACCUAAAUGCCACCGUGACAAACCUUCAACAGAAAGUUGAACAACUUCAAACGACCAAUGCUCUAAUGAAAGAGGACCUUGCCAUUGCUAAGAAUCAAAUUUUGGCCCUUGAGGAAGAGAAUGGGGUCAUGCGUCAGCACCAGGGCACCAUAGUUGAGGACCAUGAACGCAAGCUUCAGAGUGCAAAGGCAGACAUGAGUGCAGAACGUGAGACUUUGCAAGCCAACCAGGCUGGCCUCGACUCUCUAUACACAGAGGUCCGACGGCAACUACAAGAAGAGGUGGACAGGAGACAGGAAGCAGAAAUGGCCUUAAAGUUACUUGAAAAGGACAUCCACGAGAAGCAAGACAGCAUUGUAACACUGCGCCGACAGCUCGAGGACAUAAAGGCAAUCAACUUGCAGAUGUACAACAAACUUCAGGACUGCGAAGCCUCGCUAAAACAGAAAACGGAGCAGGUGUCGAAGUUGGAGCAAAGGGUCGCCCAAUUGACGAGCGGUCUGAAAGAUGCCGAUGCGAAAAUGCAGACAGUGGAAAGGCAGAGGCAAGCUUUCGAAGAAACGACCCGCAGCCUGGGCCAACAAUUGGUGGACAGAGAUCAGAAAAGGUCCCUGCUCGAAUCUGACCUGAAGAUAGAGCAAGAGUGGAGAGUUUCCCUGCAAGCCACUGUGGCAGAGCAGCAGGACCAGGCAUCCAAGCUGCAACAGGGCAUAGAAUCUUUCCAGCAGAUGGCACAGGAGCACGAGAAGUUGAAGGUGGAAUUCAGCGAGAUGGAGAGAAAGUGUGCCGAACACGAGCUGACACUGGAGGAACUCGGGUGCCAACUAAGCGAGUCCAAGCUCCAAGUGGCCGACUUGAAGGAAAACAACCUCUCCCUGAGGGAAGCCGUCUGGACGAGCGACAAGGAUGCCUCCUGCUGCCGUCAGUGCAACAAGCCUUUCUCGGUUGCCAGGAGAAAACAUCAUUGUCGCAGCUGCGGCGAGAUCUUCUGCAACGCCUGCUCCGACAACACCAUGCCCCUGCCGUCGUCCGCAAAGCCGGUGCGGGUGUGCGACGGGUGUCAGACUGUUCUGCUGCAGCGCUACACCGCAUCCUGAGUGGUAGCCGCGGUGCUUCUUUUAGUGGGCGUUCUUUCCAAGCAGUCUUAAGAGCUUCGUUUUAUUCUCGUCUGCUGUACCAGUAUCUCGGAACGAGGAGCCGUGCGCUUUGUUUCGGCCAAGUGCAAGGCAAAUACAGAGCGUGCAGUUGAGCAGGCUUCAAAGUAACCACUCUUGACACUCAUCACCUGCUGCUCCUGUUUGUUAUUGUUGAUAAUUGUUUCGAUAGCCGCGCCUGUCGUCAAAAGUGUGCGUGUCUCAUUAUUUGUCCUCUUAGGUCGUAUGGGUUGUGUCGAGCGAAUGGCUUCUGCUGUCGUUUGGGUGUCUGCGACUGCUAGAGCGAGCUGCUGAAGCUUGCAUCACUUGUAGAAGUGGUUUUACGUGUUCGUUAGGGUGUGAAGGACCAUAAAAGUACAUAUAGUGGACAGAUUGGUCAUCAACAGGCCAUGUCACGUUUUUCCAAUUACUGCGAUGCUGCCUUGUGAUAGCUGUGACAACUCUCUUUUCCCAUCUGGUAUGGUGCAUUAGGAAAGCAACAUUGUGUUUGGGAGAAAUAUUUAAGCCUGGGUUUUGUUGUUUGCCAUAAAGUUGUUCACGUUAUUGUGGCUUGGUGCCCAAUGGCCAAUUUGGUGAUCUUAGUGCAAGCAAAUUGUGUGUGGUGUCUGUUUUCUCUAGAGUUUUUCUAUUCCAAUUUCAAUUUUUAGACUUGAGAUUGAACGUGAUCUUAAAUUUGAAUGGUGUGUAGGUUUGUCUCAGACUGCAUUUGACCUGUGUUUCCAAUUGUUUCUUCGGUAUGGCUGUAAAAUGUGAGAUUUGGGAGCAAGGCGCAAAUGUAAGUGAAUCACUCAAGGUUUACAUGUCUGUUAAAAGAAUGUGAGAGCGUUGUUUAGGAGCCUGAAUAUUGAAUAAUUUACAUCCAGGGCUUUUAUAGCUGUUCUGUGAAAUGUUUUUAAGACUACAAUAAUGGUGACUGUUCUGUCGAAGGGCCAUCUUGACGAAAGGCUCGAUUAUUUUCGAUAAAAGACCGCAGUUGGAAUGACAUCCAUAUAUUUAUGUUAAAUUUUAUAAGUUCUUUUUGGGUGGUUCUUACAUGUUUGCUUCGAGCGAAAUGAAGUGCCUGAAUCAAACCGUGUACAACUUGAAGUGAGGUAAAUUAGUGAGAAAUUCAUUUAUUCAAAUAUGUUAAAUAUUUUCUCUAUAUUUAAUUAAUUUGAAUCAUAAUAUCAAAUUUUUGUCAUGGCUAAGUUUAUUUCCACCCAGACAGAAUUUGUAUAUAUAGAAAUCUGUGAGGCAUAUUUAUUUUUCCAAAGAACUAAUGUGAACGUAUUACACUGAAAUAAACUUGCAUAGAUGACCCUUGUAAGCUUGCUUACAUUAGAUCCCUACAACACAUGCAGGCUAAAGCUCCAAGUAAAUUGGCAUGUAAGCCAAAGCUUGGAAGUUUAAGUGCAGUUGCCACUCCUGAUUUUUAGUGUGGGCAAACUUGCAUGUUCAUCAUGUUGCUUAGUAUCACGAGUACCAUAGCACCGAGACAGUAAGAUGAUGCUGUCAGUGGAAAGAAGACGAAAAGAGUAUUUGUUGUUACACAUUGUCCUAACUCGGACCCAAAAUUGCCCAUUCCUUAGUGCUUAGUAUGUGUAUUCCUCUUUUAUCAUCUUCCUCUGCAUGACCUCAAUGCAGCUUGACAGAAAUAUACUUAGUAUAGGUUAUGCUGAUACCUUUUGCUCUCUGAGACCCUUUUUUAAGUUGUAUGUAAGCUUCCCUUGAAAGCUGCAGCGCUGUACAUUUGCACGUUAUCUCUCACUUCCAAAACAACAUACUUUUUUUUUUUU